UCACAGACAUGUGAAACAGUGGAACUUCCAAUCAUUGCACCAAAUGCAAGAAGAUGUUAUUUCAGGCUCCACAUGGGUCUAAAGCUUACUUUCACAGAAACAGUGUGGUUUUGUUUUCAUACUGAUGCCCUGUAACAGCUUUUUCGAGUACGCUACAGAUUUUUGUUUGUGGAAGGCAGGGAGAGUUUUACCUGCUCAGUCCUUUCAGAUUUUAAGUGCCAUAGUUCUUAACCUUGCUAAGUGUGACUUAGGAGGAGAGAACAGGUGAAAAGGGGGUGUUUGCGUGUGGUUAAAUAGUUAUAAAUUGAUGUGUGAAACUGAAAACAAACAUUGUUUCCCCUCUGUCUUUGCAGAACUUUUUUUUCAGGAUAGUUAACUAUGUACUCUGCAAACUUCCAUUCUAGAAGAAUGUUCAAGGGAAAGAGCUGGGGCAAGGCAGAAUUGUCUCCUGGCAGCUCUGGCUACUGAAGGUGUUCAGGCAGUCAGAGCCUCAGAGCUGGUGGGAUAUGGUGGCAGCAACAGGGAUAUGGUGGACAAAUUUACCUUUAGAGUUUACUCUUUGGUCUUUGCAGGAGAAAACCAAAUGCUACCUAGUCCUUCUCAGUGCUGAGUUAGCAAGGAUGGCUUAAACUGCCCUUACAGUAGUUUUAAUCUUCCAGCUUUAUCUGUGGUGGAAAAGACGGAGGAUGAUUUGUAUGGUCUUUGCUGCUAAUGCCCUCAGAAAGGGAGUGGUGAAUUACACAGUGGAUAUUAUGUCGCUGAGACCAGGUUCAUGAAAGACUUUUUGAACAUACUCUUUGUUAUCUUAAUGAAGCUUUAAAAUGUCUUUCUCCUCAGCAUGCCACUUGUUUCUUUUUAAAUGAUCUUGUUUAUUUUGCCACAACAGCUUCUGCUUACCUAGUCUUUUUUUUUUAUUGAUGCUUGAGCUAGUGAUUGUGCUUUCUUUAGGAAGUUGUAUGAAAUUAAUAUAAUUAGAAAUGAGUCUCCCAGAGUUCCUUUCAAAUUAUUAAAAUACUGUCAAAAGUUAGGUACAUUGGAAUUUAUGAUGGGGCAUAUAUGUUGCAAGUUUUUUGUUAGCAUUAGAACAAGCAGCUGAGAUUCUGACUGUGCCUUUGCAAAAAGAAAAAUGGUGGACAACAGGAUAGAAAAUAAAUGUUCUGUAUAAUUGGUAUUUCUUAAUACCAUAGUUGCCUUCUUCUUCAGGUAUUAAGAUUUUUUUCACUGGCUAUUGUUUUUGACAGUAAAAAGGAAGAAGUGAGGAGAAAAACUAUGAAAGUAUUGGUUAUUGGCCUUGGGGGUGUAACAAAUGGAGGGAAAACAACGCUAGCAGAAAAACUUAAGAAUAUGCUUCCUAACUGUGAUAUAAUCUCUCAAGACGACUUCUUUAAGCCAGAGUCUGAAGUAGAAACAGAUGAACGUGGAUUUAAGCUAUAUGAUGUACUGGAUGCCCUCUAUAUGGAUGAAAUGGUGGCAAGUAUUCGCAAUUGGAUGAAAAGCCCAGCAGGCUCAGGUGUUCUGACAGAAGAGCCACAGAGCACAUGUGACAAUCUGAAAAGUGUUUUUAUUUUGAUUGUUGAAGGCUUUCUCCUUUACAAUUAUAAGCCACUUAAUGAACUAUGGAAUAGAAGAUAUUUUUUGACCCUUCCAUAUGAAGAGUGCAAAAGGAGAAGGAGCACCAGAGUCUAUCAGCCAGCAGAUACACCAGACUACUUCGAUGGACACGUGUGGCCUAUGUAUUUGAAAUAUAAAAGUGAAUUGGAAGAAAAUGCGAGUAUGCAAGUUGAUUAUUUGGAUGGAACAAAAUCCCAAGAGGAGCUUUUAUCCUAUGUGUAUAGUGAUAUAAUAGAGGAAUUAAACAAGCUGAGGGAAGAAAAUUAGCAGGUCACAGCAUGAUAAUGUAGAAAGCCUGGGUUCCAUUUGAUAUGAAUUGGAAACACCAAGACUGUUAUACAUGGCAAGCCAACCAACUGAGCAAAUGCUGUGUGUAUGACCAUAAUUCUACUUCAUGUAACACAAGAGUUUUUGUAAGUAAUUAUUAACUUUCUCUUGGGUAUGGAGAAGAGACUCCGUUUAUGAACAGGAGGAUGAACAGUGAGUUCUUUAAAAUUCCUUUAAUCAGUCCUGCUUUGGCUGAGCUUUAAAUCUGAUUGAAUGUGUACAUUUUAAAGAACAUGAAGAUUUUUGUGCACAAAAGUAAACCAUAAAGAUGCACUUCUGUUGGAUUAAUAAGCCUAUCUGAACAUGGAUGAUUGCAAUUUGAAAUGAUUGUAUAGGAAUGACAGUGAUUGCCUCUAAUAUUUUUAGGAGCUUAUAUCACUGAUAAACAUGCUUAGAGGAACUAUCUAUGUAAGUUUAUGUAAGUUGUUAUGCUGCUUAUUCAGUAACUGAUUGAAUACAUUACAGAUAAACUUACUUAAACUUGCUGAAUAUCUCUCUGGUUUGCACAGUAGUUUUUGUGUUGCGUGUUGUUUGGAGCAGUUGGGAAUAGAUGUUAAAAAAUGAAAACAAACCUGAAGAGGACUCAGAUUGCUGGAAAAAGAUGAGGAAAUAAGACUUAGAGAAUGGAGAUGCAUCAUUAACAAGAUAUAGUACAUAUAUUAUACAGAGAUUGACUGGAAUGGCUCAUGCAACUAGAUAAUAAAUCCAUGCUUCAGGGAGGAAGAAAGGUUUGUUAUUAAUAUUCAUAACUCACACUGAAAGUGAAAUGAAACUGAAAUAUUGUCAAUGAAAUGUUCAGGAAGCUGGAAAGCUAAACAAACAUGAAAGCUUUGUUAUAGAAUUUGUAUAUAUAUUUACGCAAACUAGGAAAUUGUUAAAUUGGAUCAUAUUUUGUUGCUGAAUAAGUAAUGUCUGAACUCUUAUAUUUUCUAGACAAUGGGUUACAUUUUUAUCAGUCAGAAUAAAAAUAAGACUACAGACAUGGAAAGCAAAGAAUGGAUUAUAUUACUUGUUAUGUGACAGCUGAACUGGUCAGUGAUUAAAACUUUAUUGUGAAAGUCCUAAAUCUAUG